AUUAUAUCAUAUCCUAUUUUUUUUUUUUUUUAUUUAUUCAUUUUUAUGUAUUGACAAAUAAAAUGACUGAUUAUACCGAUUCACUAAUAAAAAAUUUUACUAUCCACACUUCUGCAAAAUUCCCUUCUGUCAAUUUGGCUGACAAGUUGGAACAACUAGGCGAAUCUUUACGUUAUGCACGUAACUCUUUCACUUCAUUGACUUCAGCUUUCAUUAACAAACAACAACAAAGUACACAUUCCAUUACCACACCAGCUCCUGACCAAGUGAAAGGAAAAUUAGAUCUUGUCAUUGUUGAAGCUCGAAAUCUUACCCUUACCAAUCCCUUGAAAGCCGAUAUUUAUUGUGUUGUUCAAUACGAUGGUAACACAAUGUCAACUUUAGAUCAAUCAACAACAACAACAACAACAAUAGCCGAAGCCGAACCAUUGGAUAUUUUUGAAAAGCAACUUCGGGCAAGUGCUCCCAAAUGGCAAUAUUCACAAUCUUUUGAUGUUUUAACGGAUCAAGAUAAAAUCAUUGUACAAGUUUUUGAUCGUGGAAAUCGUUUAGUAACUGGUGAAGAUCUGUGCUUAGGAAUGACUGAAUGGAAAUAUACUUUUGGAAGAAACACGUUGGAUCUUUGGUUACGAUUGAAAGAUCAAAAUGAUAUUAGUUCUGGUGAAAUUCGAUUACAAGCUACCUACUCUGGUCAUGUUAUGACAAAAUUGACACCCAACUGCUUCCGUAUUUUACGACAAAUUGGUCAUGGCUCCUUUGGCAAGGUAUAUAAGGUUGAAAAACGGGAUACCAAGAGAAUAUAUGCAAUGAAAGUACUCUCCAAACAACUAUUGAUCAAGCGAAAUGAAGUGGAUCAUACAUUAGCUGAACGAAAUGUUCUUGUACAGACAAUCACAAGUCCAUUUAUUGUCACAUUGAAAUUCAGUUUCCAAACGGCUUCUCAUUUGUUCUUGGUGAUGGAUUAUUUACCUGGUGGGGAUCUUUUUACUUGUUUGGAACGACAUCGCAUUCUUGAAGAACAUCAAGCACGAUUUUAUAUUGCAGAGCUGGUCUGUGCUUUAGAAGAAAUCCAUGCUCACAAGGUUGUGUAUCGUGACCUCAAGCCGGAGAAUAUUUUAUUGGAUGCUCAGGGACAUAUCGCACUGACUGAUUUUGGUUUAUGCAAGGAACUCAAAGACAAUACAACAACAUCGACAUUUUGUGGUACAAGUGAAUAUUUGGCUCCCGAAAUGGUUCUCAAAAAAGAAUAUACUCAAGCAAUCGAUUGGUGGAGUUUGGGUAUCUUGUUAUAUGAACUCUUGACUGGUAAUGCCCCAUUCCAUUCAGUACAUUUAGAUGUUCUUUAUCGGCGGAUCCUGAAUCAACCAUUGUCUUUCCCAUCCUCUCGACAUUUGUCUAUGGAAGCAAAGGAUCUGAUUCAACAACUAUUGAAACGUGACCCUACCAAGCGUUUAGGUUCAACACAUGGUGCCACUGAUAUCAAAAAACAUCCCUUCUUCAAAAAUAUUCGCUGGGAUCAAGUUGCAAGAAAACAGAUGUCUCCUCCAUCAUUGUCUUCUCAACGAGACAAAUCAACUUCUAUGGCGAUCAAUAUUCCUUCUUCUCUUUCAAUGGAUCAUACCAAGAAGAAUAUUAACAAACAUGACUCUAUACCUCUGAAUCAAUCAACACAAAAUGUAUUUCAAGGUUUUAGCUAUAUUCGUGAUGAUGGUCCCUUACAUCCUAGUGACGUUGACAAUGAUGACGAUGAUGAUGACGAUGAUGAUUUAUAUUAGAUUGUUUUUUUUUUUUUUUUUUU